AUGGGCGCCUUUGAGCAGCCACCCGGGGUCCUUUUACAGACACAGCUGAACCAGCUGGGCGCGCAGCAGUUCUCAGCCCUGACAGAAGUAAUUUUCCACUUCCUAAUCGAGCCCAAAGAGGUGGAGAGGUUUCUGGCUCAACUGUCUGAAUUCGCCACCACCAAUCAGAUCAGUCUGGGCCCUCUCAGAAGCAUCGUGAAAAGCCUCCUCCUGGUUCCCAAUGGUGCCUUGAAGAGGAGUCUCACAGCCGAGCAGGUCCGGGCGGAUUUCCUCACUCUGGGCCUCAGCGAGGAGAAAGCCACUUACUUUUCUGAAAAGUGGAAACAGAACGCCCCCACCCUUGCUCAGUGGGCCCUGGGGCAGACCCUGAUGAUCAACCAGCUUAUCGACAUGGAAUGGAAGUUCGGAGUGACAUCUGGCAGCAGUGAAUUAGAAAAAGUGGGCAGUAUUUUUUUACAAUUAAAGUUGGUGGUUAAAAAAGGAAAUCAAACUGAAAAUGUGUACCUAGGUGAGUAUGGAUCCCUGCUGAGCCUUUCCCAGGUUCUCUUCUGUCGGUUGGGCUGGUGAGACCCACCGCCAGCCAUGUCUCCAGGGAGAGGGUCUGCACCAGGCUGUGCAGGAGCCACCCCUGACCUUCCCCCUCAGGAAACCUGGUGCCAGAGCUUUGCUAAGCCACCAGCCUGUUGCAGACCCUGCUCUUGAGCCCCUUUGUGAACAGGGAACUGUGGGGGCUUGGGAGGCUCCAAGCAUGAUGAAGACCAGAGGUUCUGGCUGAGCCUCCCCUUAGGCUUUCCUGUCUGUGCUGGGGAGUGGUGCCAUUUCACACACUCCCCCAUUUUUCUUAGGGAGCCAAGAACCUUCUGUGUUCAGGACUCUGUCCUUUACUGUGACCAAUUUCCCAUCUAGAGGUACUUAGAUGUA